UAGAGCAUUCAGACGUGUACUUACCAGCUUCACGCUCCGUCUCUAGCUCUCACUCUUUCUCCCUCCGCCUCAAUUUGUUCUUUCAGUUCCAGGAACAAUCACUGCAUCUUUGACACUCUAUGAGUCUACUUCCACCUCUCUCUCUUGCUCUCUAUUUUCCCCGCUGUCUGGAUAAACACAGUAGAAGAGUGAAAGCCAAGCCCACCCUCCCCUUCCACCCCGUUUCAGUCUCUCAAAUCUGCAUGCACUGACAGCUGUUAUGCAUUCUUCCCCAGUAACGUACUGGUAGGGCAUGAAGGGUUCCUCUUUGGUGGUGCAGCUGUUUGUAGAAUCAGACUUGAAUGAACUUUUUGAUGACCAAUUCAGCUUUCUAAUACAGCAGCACUUCAAGCCCAAGGUUCGAAAUAAAUGCAUUGAUUAUGUGAAUUGUAGUCAAGGAACUGCCACCUGGAUAUUUCAAGGAACUAGCGAGGGACUUUCAGCAAUAUUUAGAUAUAAGAGCAAUAUUUUGUUUUUUCAUACCUUUCUGCGUAUCAAGAACUUGAAUACUUGAGCUUGAAUGAAGAACACUCUAAAACUCUUGUUUGACUAAAACUAUGUAGGGCUUGGAUUCCUUAAAAGUUCUGGUCACAUGUAAUGAUUUUCAGUUAUCUGUACAUUCGGUCUUCCUUGAGUCAGCGUCGGUGUCCCAUGAGCAGGGCCUCGUGUUCACUAAUGCACACCAGAGCCAGAGGCUUUGAGGAAUCCUCAGAGUUUCGGUGGGAGUUUAGACAUCUGCGGUGGCCUCUGUGCUUCCCCACGUGGACCACAGACACUGCCAAAUCCACAUUUUUUCCUUUUUUUUUCAUGGAGGGCUUUUUCUCCCUGUUCUUUUGAUGUUGCACUAAAUCAAUCAGGCGGUUGUUUAAAGCAAGGCGUUGCUUUUAGCUCGUGGUGUGAGAAGAACCCUUCAAGGUCAUUAUUGUAACGGUUCAGUUUCUUCCUUUUUUGGUGAAGCAGCCGAUAUACAUGUUGUGUGUUGUGAACUGAAGAUCUGUGAGAGCAUAAGUCUUGACUCUUGAACUUAGCUGCAGUUGCCCUUUCAAAGAAUUGUAUCCAUUCAUGUUCAUUUUUCCUCCUUCUCCUCUCUCUCUGUCUCUCACUCUCUCUCCCUCUCUUUCAAUCAUUCAAUCAACCAAUCAAUCUAUCUAUCUAUCUAUCUCCAUCCAUCUAUCUAUCUACUCAUCCAUCCCUUUGUCCUCAUCUAACAUCAAUAUCUGCCACCAUCUGAAUGUGUCUAUCUGUCUCCAUGGUCCAUGUCUUUUCUUUGAAGUUCAUUUGAGCUUGUAUUUUUGUAACUGUGUUGUAUGUGAAUCACACAUUUGUUUUCUCUCCUUGUACUGUCUGUUUGUUGGUCUGUUUUGUUUAUGUGUUUGUGUGUGUGUUCUCUCCAUAUCUCUACCACAGCUCUCAGAAUCCACAACCACACUGUGCUGUCCACUUCUCAUAAUUCUUCCUCUGUGUAUGCCAAUGAUUCUGCCUACACUAACAUUUCCGCAACAGUAGACAUUGUAGAAGGGAUGGUGAACAAGGGCAUCUAUCUGAACGGGGACCAAGGAGGAACUUUUCUGCACUUUGGGAACUACAAGAACUCCUGCAUCAGUGACCCGAUGCUGUGUGGGCCUGAAGGCAUUACAUUUUCUUUUUUCUGGAAAAACCAAGAGGUCGACUCCCGUUUCAGCAUAGCCUCAGGAGGUAAAGUCAUUUCAAAUGGCUUCUCUGUGUACACUAACCCCCAUGGAGGAUACGUGGAGUUCUACACCAGGGGCAACUCCAGGAGAUGGAAGGCCAAGAUCGAUCUCCCAGGGCCUUACUGGACCCACAUUCUCUUCACCUGGACCCUGAAAGAUGGUCUGAGUGUCUACAUCAACGGGUCAUUCAGCGUCAGCGACCCUAAAGGAAACUUCUCCCAGAACUACGGCGACUCCUACUCUGACUUGGUCAUUGGCACGGGAAAUGCCUACAAUUUGAGGGGUCACUAUGCCACAGGCGCCUUUGACGAGUUUGUGAUCUGGGAACGAGCCCUGUCCCCCGCUGAAAUCAACUUGUACUACAAAGCAGCCAUUGGUACGAGUGUGUACUCCCCCACACCGACUCCUCCUCCUUUCGUUGUGUCGUCCACAACACAGCCAGCUUCGUAUCUUUCCCAGGAAACUACUUCAGAGUCCAGCCACCCCAUCAGCCUUAGUAACCUGACAGAGGACGUCUCUCCCUCGGAGGACCUUGUGCCGACGCCCACGGUCAACAUACUGGACACUAUGCCCAUCAUCACUCUGCCUAACAAGACUUUACACAGCAAGACGGCCCACAAUUUCACUCAGACAUUUCUUAGGAGUGUGGAGGAGACGCUGAACUCCACUGGAGCAGGCCAGGAUGACCAGGGGCAAGGCAAGAUGGAUGAUGAGUCUCUGGUAAAUGAACUGAUAGAGGCAGUGGAUAAGGUCAUGGGUCAUAUGGUGAAUAACCUGGAAGUCCAGUCUGAAGCCCCCGUUACCAUUCGGGGCAAGUCUCAUGUAGCAGACUAUUCCUUGAUGAAGAUUCCACAGAACUACAACAUGCAGAGCUACAGGUUCCCAACCCAGGGCAAGAACUACAUCUCUGUCCCGGGAGAAGCCUUAAGCAUGCAGUCCCAGACCACCAUUGUUGGCCUUUUCUACCACAACAUGCACAACUACUACAAAGAGAUAAGCCCUCUGAAAACCAGGAUCAACGAGGCAUCAGAUUUCAAAGAGCACAAGAUCCAGGUGGCCAGCUUUCUCAUCUCGCUCAAAGUGGAGCCGUCCCCCGCUCUGUCUGUCAACCUGUCCGAGGAGCCUCUCAUCAAGAUCGUGCUCACGCAUCAGCUGACCAAAGAGCAACAGAUGCAAGCCCUGAACAAGACCAACAAAGUAAACCUAUACUGUGCCUUCCUGGACUACAGCUCUAAAGAAGGUGUGUGGUCUAACGAGGGCUGUGUUCGCACUGGAGGAAACCUGUCCUACUCUGUGUGUCUGUGUAACCACCUGACCAACUUCGCCAUCCUCAUGCAGGUCGUCCCCAUGGAGCUGUCCAAAGCCCACCAGGUGGCGCUGUCCACCAUCAGUUACAUUGGCUGCUCCAUCUCCAUCUUCUGUCUGGCCAUCACGCUGGUGACCUUCGCCAUACUUUCGUCGGUGAGCACCAUCCGUAACCAGCGCUACCACAUCCAUGCCAACCUGUCCUUCGCCAUCCUGGUGGCACAGAUCCUUCUCCUCAUCAGCUUCCGCUUCGAGCCAGGGACGCUGCCGUGUAAGGUGAUGGCGGUGCUCCUGCACUUCUUCUUCCUGAGCGCCUUCGCCUGGAUGCUGGUGGAGGGCCUGCAUCUCUACAGCAUGGUGGUCAAGGUGUUCGGCUCCGAGGGCAGCAAGCACUUCUACUACUACGGCAUCGGCUGGGGAUCCCCUCUGGUGAUCUGUGUUGUGUCUGUGACCUCAGCUCUAAACAGUUAUGGUGAAGUUGGCAACUGUUGGUUGUCUCUUAAGAAUGGGGCCAUUUGGGCUUUUGUGGCCCCUGCCCUGUUUGUCAUAAUGGUGAACAUUGGCAUUCUCAUUGCUGUGACCAGGAUCAUUUCAAGAAUAAGUGCUGAAAAUUACAAAGUGCAUGGGGACUCCAAUGCUCUCAAGCUGACGGCCAAGGCUGUCGCUGUUCUUUUACCCAUUCUGGGCAUCUCCUGGAUCUUUGGGGUUUUGGCCAUCAAUGAUCAGUCCCUACUUUUCCAGUACAUGUUUUCAGUUUUCAAUUCUUUACAGGGCUUCUUCAUAUUCCUUUUCCACUGUCUGCUCAACUCUGAGGUGAGAGCAGCCUUCAAGCACAAGACCAAGGUGUGGUCCCUCACCAGCAGCUCCAUACGCAACAUCAAUGUCAAGCCCUUCAACUCCGACGUGAUGAAUGGACCCAAGGGGGGUGCGAGCCCGACAAAGAUGAACACGUGGGAAAAAAGCGACAACUCAGCCAAUCGCAUGGACCUGUCUGCCGUAUAGGAUCCAAUCCCUGCCCUGCAUCUGUCCCGAUAGGGCGGGCUGGAGGGGAGAGGAUGAGAGGACCACAACACUACACAAGCAUCUUCUUUGCCUCUUGGAGAAACACUGGCUUUUUUGAAAGCUUCUUUUGGCUUUAAAAAAAAAAAAAAAAACAAGCAUCAUAUUUUAAAACCAAACUUUACAUCACCCUUCUAGAGAGCAUUCUCCUAUCUAUAGAUGUUUCGAGAAGACUGUCUGGAAAAUACAAGGCAUGGAGUCUACACUACUCCAAACGUUGAAGUACUUUUAAGACACUAUAAUGGCUGAUCCAUCAUUUGCCCAGCAGCCCUAUUUUUCCCUUGAAUAAUCCUCCCACACUUUGUGAAGCACUCCUUCUCUCUCUUCCCUCCUGCUGAGUUAUCUACGACCCCCCUGCUGGCCUGAGUAAGACCCUCGAUGGGUGGGGGAGACAAAGACAAUGGCUGGAUUCAACCAGUAACACUCUGUCAGUUGCUGAAACUCCUACUCAUAUUUUGCUGUUUUUCCAUUUAAACUUUCUUACACUCCAAAACAUCAGACCAGAGGGACUGAAAACAAUUUUGUGACAGCCACACCCAUGAGGUGUCCACAAGAGAACACGUAUUACUAACGUCAUUGCAUUUCAACACCAAUGCCAUAUUAUUGGUCACGAGCCACUACUACAACAUUGGAUAAAUUGCUGGACGUGACACUGAAAAUGUUAUGGAGUUUUCAUUGUUGUAACUUCAGAGAAAAAAUCAAACCCCAGAACAUUGGGAGUGUUGUUCUGUCGAUAGUAGUUUUCACUUUUUAGUAAUGACUCCUUUUUCUUGUGCUACUUUGUGAAACUGGUGCCUUACCCGACCUUAGUGGUUCUGCUUUAUCAUUCUUACACAUAGUGAAUGAGACUGGUUAAAGGGUUUUAGUUUAGUGGUUCAAACACAGACACACAUGAAAAACUCAACCUGUGGGCCCCUGUGGAAGGUUCUCAGCUGUCAUGGCUUUUAGCCUGUUUUGCUAGCAUUCCCCAGUUCCUUCCCUUGAGGAUAUAGAUUUGAUCGAAUUAAAGAACUGUUAGCUUGAUGCUGCCAGGCCUCAUUUUUCACAUAGUUCAUUGUGGCCUGGACACACUCGAUAGAAAUUUAGUUUAGUUCAACCUGAUGACAGUAAAUAAAGAUAAAUCACGGUUUGAUUGAAGGUGAUUGGAUCAGCAUCGUUAGCUCAGGUUGUGUGCAACAUUAGUCAAGUCAAAUGUACCCAACUCAGUGUAACAGAGGCUGAUGGCAUGACAACCCAGAUUGAGAGUUUAGUUUAGGGUCGGGACUUUCAAGGAUGAUAAUGAGUCAGAAAUCUGUAAAUCCCAGUCUCUCAAGUAGCAUGCUAACAAUGGGGCUAUUAGCCAUAUCUGUUUACCUCCUUGCUAGCGGAACCAAGUACCAUGCCCAAGGUCAUGGGUUUGUCACACAUACACACACAUGCACAGACACAAUCACUGAAUUUUACAUACCAUCAACUGUUAUUUCGAACAAUGGAUAAGUGGUCCUUAACAAAAACAAACUAAAUGUUUAGCCUAGUGUGUGUCAUGAGUGAAUUCUGCAACAAAUGUGCCAACAAUCAUAAACUGUCCAGAAAAGUCACAGUAGUUAUUUGUUGUAUGUGGUAUUUUGCUAGUCCUGUAAAUGACCAAGGCACAGCUAAAAGUCACCAGUCAAGGACAGUUUUUUGUUAAGGAGUUAAGCUUCAUGUUUUCUCCUUUGAACUCACUGAACCUUUUUGUGGUUUAUUAAACAUGACAGAUUUCCGGUGUAAUCUGAUUGUCUUGGGAACGACUGCAUAGAUGUUUAUUUAGCCUAAAGACAGAAUAAUGAAACUUGAAACUUAGCCACUCCCAAGUUUGUCGACAGCGGUCGAGCGGUAAAGUGCUGAUCUAAUGGGACCAUUUCUUCCACAAAUUAAUUUCAGUUAACCCCACAGAUGGAAGAGUAAAAUCAGCAAGGUCAAUGGGAUUGUUCCCACACUUUGGUUUCAUCUCCAUCAUAACAUAACACCAUAAAAUCAUAAAAUUCUUAAUUUAAAGAAACAACUGGAUUGUUAAUCAUUUUAAUACAAGUCACACAAAAUCCUCGUUUCAGAUUGGCUGGUAGGUGUCUAAUAUUUUGCUAUAACAGGACAUGCAAAAACUACAAUUGAUUCAAUCAUUUAUUAGUCUCAGCACUCAAUGUCUGGAGAAAUGCUCAUCAUAAAGUUUCAUUUUACGAUUACAUGCAUCCAUCCACAGUACAGCACAGAUUUGCAGUUUCAUCAGUAUGUACACACCUGGGUAACAAACCCAUGACCUUGGUGUUGUUAGCACAUUGGUCUACCAGUAAAUAACAAUAACAGCUCAUUUUUGUUAUAGUAGUCUGUCAUAAGGUAUGGCACUACUCAAGUUCCAAAAGAAGGUGGUACUAAAAAUAAGUACAUUUUGUGACUAAGUAGGUAUUAAGUAAGGAAUUUGGUUCUCUAUCAAAUGUUGUGCCAACUAAUCUUCUUUCACAACUCCUCAUGUGUGCAUGUUUUUCAAGUGUUUAUAAGAAAAACAUAAUUUAGGAAAUAACUGACCAUUCUUGAUGGACUGCAGAACUGAUGCAGUUGAAAGAAGUUUUAUAAUUUUGUAAGUAAUCUUCUGAGAGGUGUCAUAUACAUUACAUGUAAGUACCUCUUCUGUCUAUGAACUGCAGUGUUUCACACUUUCCUCUCAUGAAUGAACAACCAAUGUGAGUCACAUUCAGUCUGUGAAUUGUUUUGUUGAUAAUGCUGUUUGUCCUGAGUUGUAGUUAUUGUUGUCUCAAUGAUUUCGUUUUAUAUGUUUGAGUCUUCCAAAGAUAGGGACUUUAAUUCAAGUCCUACACACAUAGGACAUAGGCCCUAUUACACAUUACGUUUCAACUUUGUUGUGAUCAAAAGCUGUUUCAGACCAAUGCUAGUUGCAGUAGUGAGUGUACAAUCACUAUUUAUCACUAUUUGUAGGACUUUACUGGACAGGCUUUUUCAGGAGUUCAGGAGCUCUCUUCUUUUUAGUAAGUCAGAAAAUGAAGAGCUACCUUGAUGUUUAUCACAAGCUUGUACAUUUGUUUUUAGCACUGUUUGUGACCUAUAUUAUCUGUAUUGCCAUAUUUUAAAUAAACGAAACAUAAGUGCU